GCUCGAGAGCGCGCGCGGCGCGUGCCCGGGGGGCCAGCGGCCCCCCCAGAUGCGCCCCGCCUGACCGCCGUGGGCCGGGGGCGCCCCUGUACCCGCCAGUCGGGAGGUUUGCCCGCUCGGCCCGCGGCGGCGGUUGCCUCCGCGAUGGCGGACGGGGAGCACCUCGUGAAGUUGCUGCUUCUGGGAGAUUCCGCGGUCGGCAAGUCGUCCCUGCUAGUGCGGCUGUGCGACGGCAAGUUCGACUCGAACUUUGUUCUCACAAUAGGCGGUCCCUCAGAGACUACGGAAACCCUACCAAGCAGUAGUUGGCGGUCUACCAAGCCUCAGCGUGUCGAUUUUAAGCUGAAGAUGAUCCCAGAGCGGAAUGGUCGCAAGCUGAAGUUGCAGGUGUGGGACACGGCCGGCCAGGAGCGCUUCCGGGACGAUCACGCCGGCGUACUACCGCGCGGCAAUGGGCGUUGUGAUCACGUACGACGUCACAGAUCAGUCGAGCUUUGACCACGUGGAGUUCUGGGUCACGCAGCUCGACCAGCACGGCGACACGAGAGUGCAGCGGAUCCUGGUGGGCAACAAGUCCGAUCUCGAGGACUGCAGAAAGGUCUCCCGCGAGGACGGAGAGGCGCUCGCCGCAAGAUUUCACAUGAAGUUUUUCGAG